AGCAUUAGUCAGUUAACUAGUAAAUUCGUGAAUACACGAAGUGUUUUUAUCACUUCGGCUCCAAAUUUCGUUUUCCUUUAAAGAAAAUUAGCGAAAAUGGCUGUUGGUGAAGUGGAAAAAUCAGAUUCGACGCCGGUGGAAAACGAUCCUCGCCAGUUAAAAUUGUCGGGGCAUGUUGGUUUCGAUAGUCUUCCAGAUCAAUUAGUCUCAAAAAGUGUUCAAAAUGGGUUUAAUUUUAACAUCAUGUGUAUUGGUGAAACUGGUUUAGGGAAAUCCACUUUAAUGGAUUCUUUGUUUAACACAAAUUUUGAAGCAUCUCCAAGUCCACAUUCUUUACCAACUGUUAAACUAAAAGCUCACACUUAUGAACUUCAAGAAAGUAAUGUUAGAUUAAAGCUAACCAUUGUUGAUACUGUUGGUUAUGGGGAUCAAAUUAACAAAGAAGAUAGCUUUAAAGCUAUUGUGGAUUAUAUUGAUGCUCAAUUUGAGAAUUAUUUACAAGAAGAGCUAAAAAUAAAGCGCUCGUUAUCAACUUAUCAUGAUUCUCGCAUUCAUGCUUGCUUAUAUUUUAUUUGCCCCACUGGGCAUGGUUUAAAAUCAAUCGAUUUGGUUUGUAUGAAAAUGCUUGACCAAAAAGUUAACAUAAUUCCGAUUAUCGCCAAAGCUGAUACGAUCUCAAAGAAUGAAUUACAAAAAUUUAAAUCAAAAAUUAUUACUGAACUUCAAACCAAUGGUGUUCAAAUUUAUGAGUUCCCUGUUGAUGACGAAUCCGUUUCAGAAAUAAACACCGGGAUGAACACUCACAUCCCAUUUGCUGUAGUUGGUAGUACUGAUUUUGUGAGGGUGGGUAAUAAAAUGGCAAGAGCCAGACAAUAUCCUUGGGGUACAGUUCAAGUCGAAAACGAAAGUCACUGUGAUUUCGUAAAAUUACGCGAAAUGUUAAUUCGCACUAACAUGGAAGAUAUGCGCGAAAAAACCCAUUGCACUCAUUACGAAUUAUUUAGAAAAAGACGUUUGGAGCAAAUGGGAUUUAGUGAUGUUGAUGCAGACAAUAAACCCAUUAGCUUCCAGCAAACAUUUGAAACAAAACGCUCGAAUCAUCUGCAAGAAUUGCAACAAAAAGAAGAUGAGAUGAGACAAAUGUUUGUUGUACGCGUCAAAGAAAAAGAGGCGGAGUUAAAGGAAGCGGAAAAAGAACUUCACGCAAAAUUCGAUAAAUUAAAAAAGGAUCACACGGAGGAAAAGAAAAAACUAGAAGAUUCUAGGAAGAAAAUGGAAGAUGAAAUUAUUGAGUUUCAACGAAGGAAGCAACAAUAUGCUCAAAUGGGGUCUUCUCAUCAUACACUUACUUUAGGGAAAAGCAAGAAGAAAUAAAAAAAUUAAUUCAAAAUAUGAUACCAAAGUUGAUUGGAAAAUAUUGGAUUUAAAGUGAAAUCAUUUUUUGGAUAUUUUCUUUUUUUAUUUAUUGUUGCAUUUUAGAUCUUCUAUUUUUUAAGAGUUUCAAUUCAUUCGCAAAAUAUUGCUAUUAAUAUUAGUGUAUUUCAUAAACUUUAUAAAAACGUACAAUAUUAGGAAUAUUAUAAAAAAAAAUGAAUCUUGAUAAUAAAGUAUAAGUGUAAAGCUA